AUGAGAUUACCGUUCAUCCUCUUCUUUGCCCUCUUCCCGUUUCCCGCCUACGCAUUCAUUGUCGGCGGGUGCAUUGGUCCCAAGUCGGUGCUCGAGAGGUUUUUGAACGAUAAGCAGAAGACGGAAUUGAGGAAGUUGGUGCAUAACAAGUUCGACGGAUCCAAUGCUGAACAGGUGAGUUCGAACAUUACUAAUAUGUUCAGUUUUUUUCGUUUCAAAUAAAUCAACAUUGCAAAGUUAGGGUCCGAUUUAAUGAUAGACAAUAGCUAGUGGGUUCAAUGCACCAUAAUUGCUCCAGAUUCUCGAAGAAACGAAUCGAUAUGUUUACGGCCACGUCACCGAAGAGCAAUGGCACUCCAUUGUCCCCGAACUCGCGGAAUAUCAAGCCAAGAAGCACGAGUGCUCAGUUUACGCCCAACUUUUACCCAAACAACUCUACCAACAGCUUCUGGUACGGUUUCUGUACAACAUUUGCACGUGUUUCGACCCUUUUUGUUCUAGAAAUCAGUGCUUAGAGCUUCCGAGAUGGGCGCUUCGAAGUACGACGUCAAACGGCUCGUUGACGACUAUGUGGAGCGGCUCGCCAAGAAUGGAGUACUUCCGGAUGUGAUGGAUAAGACACCUACAGUAAUCCUCCGCGUAUUUUCAGUCUAUAUGACUCUUUCUCUUCCAGAUGCCACGUGUCACACUUCCAGAAUCCGAAAUCGCAUCGCAAAGUUACCGGAAAUACCCGAAAAAGCCAAAGAUGCCACAAACAAACAAAAAUAACGGAAGGGGUGUCAUGUAAGUGACAAAUUAUGUUUCAUUUUUCAUAAAAAUGACUUUUCCAGUCAUCCAACAUUGAUUGGAUAUCCAGAAGGUCAGAGAAGACCGAAUAACCGAGAGGGAAAGAAGAUAAACGGGCAGAAUAUGGGCAAGAACUCGGGCAGAAUGGGCGGAGUCCUGCCGGAUAAUCUGGGCAUUCCAAUGUUCCCGAUUGCCAGACCGUAAGCGCACACGUCCAACUGAUACAGUAAUCUGUUUCUUUAGAACAUCAUUCGACCUUGGUGAGUUUAUGGAACGAGGCUCCAACAACGGAAGAGCCAACCAUCGAACACCGCAGAACUUCCGACGAUUCCCGGAGCAUGAGUGUGACUACUACGCAGGACCCUGCUCCACGUCAUUCUAG